AUUCAUUAAGUUUUAGAAGAACCCACACUGAGUCUACUACUUUCAAUGGAGCCAGAAUCUGGAAUCUCCAUUCCUUCUCCUCCUCGAAAUCCUUCCCCGCUUUCGUGGGUCAAUCUCUCCAGGAACCUAAUAUUAGCAUAUCAGAGCUUGGGGGUGGUGUAUGGAGACCUGAGCACUUCGCCUCUUUAUGUUUACUCUAGCACGUUCAUAGGGAAGUUGCAGAACCAUCAGAAUGAAGAUGCAAUAUUCGGAGCAUUUUCCUUUAUUUUUUGGACCCUUACAUUGAUACCCUUUCUUAAAUAUGAGUUUAUUGUGCUGAGUGCAGAUGAUAACGGAGAAGGUGGCAGUUUUGCUCUCUACUCGCUUCUUUGUAGGCAUGCUAAGUUUAGCUUGCUUCCCAAUCAGCAAGCAGCUGAUGAAGAGCUAUUUGCCUAAAAAUAUGGCCCCUCAGCACAGACCACUGGUUUUCCAUUGAAGCGAUUUUUGGAGAAGCAUAAAAGGCUAAGGACAGCCCUUCUUGUUGUGGUACUCUUCGGUGCUGCUAUGGUCAUAGGUGACGGCGUGCUCACUCCAGCAAUAUCAGGUAGAUAUUAAUAUGGCUAACUAAAGUUGAAUAUUGCAAAUUCUUAGGUUAUUAUCUUUGUGGCUGUGCAUUAUACAGUUUUAAUACUUUUUCUUUCCUGGAAUUUUUCUUUACCAUACAUGAAGCGCGU